AUGGCUUCCAACUCUAUCAUCCCAUACACUUCUUCUUCUUCAUCAUCUCAUACUUAUGAAGUUUUCGUGAGCUUCAGAGGUGACAUUCGCAACAACUUUGCUGACCAUCUUUUUGGUGGUCUUGGUAGAAAAGGCAUUCGUUUCUUCAGGGAUGACUCAAAGCUUGAGAAAGGGAAACUUAUAUUACCUGAACUCCUGCAAGCGAUUGAUGGGUCUCACAUUUUGGUUGUUGUCUUCUCAGAGGAGUAUGCUUCCUCAAAAUGGUGCUUGCGAGAACUUGAAAGGAUUGCCGAUUACGUUGAUGACCGAGGCAAGCACGUUCUGCCGGUUUUUUAUAGAGUUGAUCCAUCAGACGUGCGAAAACAGAGUGGGCAAUACAAAAAAGCCUUUGAUGAAUACAAACAAAUAUUCAAAGAAGAUGAAGAGAAGAUGGAGGAAGUGCAAAGAUGGAGAGAAGCUCUGGCACGAGUGGGCAAUCUCUCUGGUUGGCACAUUACAAAUGAGUCAGAACAUUCAAUGAUUGAAAUUAUUGUUAAAGACAUACUAACAAAAUUGAGUCACAGUAUUUCAAUUCUUCCAAAUCAAGAUUUAGUUGGAAUGGAAUCUCGUGUUGAAGAGAUAGAAAAGCUUCUAUGUUUGGACUCAAUUAAUGAUGUUGGUGUUGUCGGAAUUUGCGGGAUGCCUGGAAUAGGAAAGACAACUCUUGGUCGUGCUUUAUACAAAACAAUCUUUCGUCAAUAUGAUUUUCAUUGUUAUAUUGAUGAUGUAAGCAAAAAUUUUCGAGACUUUAGUACAUUAGGUCUACUAAAACAGCUACUUCGUCAAAUUCUAAAUGACCGAAGUCUAGAGAUCUACAAUGUUUCUGCUGGAACCGAUUUGGUACAGAGAAGGCUGCGCCACGCAAGGGCACUUAUAAUUCUUGACAAUGUUGAUAAUAUUGAUCAGCUAUAUCAAUUGGCUUUGAAACCUAAUCAGCUAUGUGCAGGGACUAGAAUUAUCAUUAAUUUCUAG